CAAAACAUGGCCGCCGUCGGAGAAAGUCUGAUGCUCGAGAGAGACAUCAAGCGGGCCUGCGAGCUUCUCGAGAAACUUCAGCGCAGUGGCGAAGUCCCAGCGCAGAAGCUCGCUGCCCUACAAAAGGUUCUCCAGAGUGAAUUCUGCAACGCCGUGCGCGAGGUUUACGAACAUGUCUACGAAACUGUCGACAUCUCCGGUAGUCCCGACAUUCGAGCCAGUGCCACAGCCAAGGCAACAGUGGCAGCAUUUGCAGCGAGCGAAGGCCACGCGCACCCUCGGGUUGUGGAACUGCCCAAGACCGACGAGGGGCUUGGCUUCAACGUGAUGGGGGGCAAGGAACAGAAUUCGCCCAUCUACAUAUCGCGUAUCAUCCCAGGGGGUGUGGCUGACCGUCAUGGGGCCCUCAAGCGCGGUGAUCAGCUGCUCUCGGUCAACGGUGUGAGUGUGGAAGGCGAGAACCACGAGAAGGCAGUGGAGCUCCUGAAGGCAGCCCAGGGUACGGUCAAGCUCGUUGUUCGCUACACCCCCAAAGUACUGGAGGAGAUGGAGAUGCGGUUCGACAAGCAGCGUGCCACUCGCCGUCGGCUGCCAUGAAAUUAAUGAAGAGUUCUCUGGAAGGGAUUCUCCAAUCUGAGGAUUCGCCAAGACUAGGUAUCAAGAUGAUUGUAAGUGAGAGCUCCCAGCUUAUGAAUAUCAAUAAUUUGAUGUUUUAACACUGAUUAGCAUGUUUUAUUUUGUGUUAGCACAAGUUGUACCUGCAAGUAAGUUAUUUUCUGAAUAAAGUAGACUCACGAUAGUUCAAACUUUUAUAAUUCAUACUUUCAGUUAAUUCAAAGAAAAUUAAUUUUUUUCGUUGGCUCUCUAUUCUUUCAAUGUAUUUAAAAGCCUCUUGAUUCAAACUACAUAAUUCGGCUAAUUCAUACUUUUUGCAGUUUCAUACCAGAAAAUAUCAGCUGCUUUUCCACUAUUACUUAAAAUUUGCAUGCUUGCAUAAUCCUAACAGCCUAAAAUUGAAAAAUAAGUGCCUCAGGCCUUUAAGGAAAAUGGCUUUGAUAGUAAACAAACGUUUGAAACAAAGCACCCGCAUGGUAAACCAUGAUGCUUCUCACUGGUAUUGAGGGCUUUGUGCUGAAGGCACAUAUAACAAAGAAGCAGUUGGCAGUUAUCGAUUUCUUUGAAAGGUCUGAUCAGCAGUAAAUGGCCGAUAAACUUGUGGACCUUACACCUCUGCUUUCUGUUCAUUGUGUGCAGUUAUGGUUUAAAAAUGCUUUAAAAAAUUUUAAAUCUGAUGAAAUGAAUGCCUAAUCACUAUGUGUGGUGUCACCUCACCCACAGUCAUAUAUCUGAGAAAUUCUGAUAAUUCAAACUUAUUGAUAAUUCAAACAAAAUUUAGAGGUCCCUUCGAGUUUGAAUCAACGAUAGUCGACUGUAGCUUUCUGGUUCUUGCUAAUAAUUAAUUAUCUUCUGCAAAUCUGCAUGAUCAUUGUUUUUGUUUUGUUAGAGCAAGUUUCUUUACAAGGCAAUUUUGUGAAAUGUUGUUUUUAUGCCACACUUUCUCGCAUAUAACACGCAAAAGAAAUGCAGGAAGUCGGGAGCUGAAGUUGAGGCGCAGGAUAUACGCGAGCAUCUGUGUGAAAAGUGGCCUCGUGGGGAUGCUUUGUAGGAAUACAAGGAAGAUGACAGUGACAUCUGAAACUGAAAGUAGAGGAAAACAGGGCCUUGAAAUUGAUGACUGGAACAGAAUAACGAUAAAGCUUUUGCAAUCUUCUACUAUUGUUAAGGGAUCACUUCUGUUGGGGUGUAAACUUGCACUGCUAAAAUGUGAGGAUAAUAUGUUUUUAAAAAUUUCUGCCAUUUGUGGAUGUGUGUUAUAUGCGAGAAAACAGGAUAUUCACUUGCUGCUUACUCAUGUUCUUGUAGCUGUGGUGCUGUGCACGCUCUUUUUUUGUACACGAUGCUCUGAUAAUGUAUGUGAUUUCAAUGAUUUAAAUUGUAAUGUGGCAUAAAGCAUUGUUACUGGUGCUGUACAGUAAAUUUUAUUGUCUACCUAAUUCGUGCUAGUGUGUAUCUACAUAUAUUAGAUGCAUUUACAAUGAGGCUUUUCAAAGAUGUUUAUUGGGACCACAUGCAGUGAAAUUAAUAUAUGGGAAGUGUUAUACAUUAGCAGUGUGGGAUUUGGGACUCGACAUCAUUGUAACCAUGAAGACACAUUGUCAAAGACUGUGUAAGUGAGGUCCUACUAUGCUAACAGUUAAGUUAGCUGCACAGAGUAUUACGUGAUCAUAAAUGCAUAGUGCAAUGAACAAGACAUUCCAAAGCGGCUCACCAUAACUUGUUUUGUUUUUAGUAAGUGUGCACAAAAAUAAUCAAGGUGUCUUGUCGCCUGGUUUGUGCAUGAUCCUGUGUUCUGUAACUUACGAUAAAAGUGGCCGUGCUGUUUUUGUAUCACUUACUGAUUAUUAAAAAUGCAUGUACAAAUGU